UUUAAAUAUUCAAGUCAUAACUUAAUAUUAAUUUAUAAGCUAUAAUAUAUUCGAUUCUAUACAAAAGUCAUCGGAUUAAACUAGAGGUAAAUAAGCGAGGGCGUUUUAAAGUUUCCCGUGCCUUGUUAUCGUAUUUCCUCAUAUUCCUCUUCCAAUCAAGCGUUUUAGGCUCUUUGCAUAUUUCCAAGACAUGUUUGGAGAGCGCCUCACAUCUCAAGUACCGGGAUAUAGUACCAAUGUAUGAUACAGGGGGGCGGAAAGACGCCGGAUCGACCAAGAAAGAUAGACGAGUCUGCCAAUCUAAGCUCGCAGAACGGUAGAGAGCCAGUCGAGAUAGCCAGCCAAUCUAAGCUGUGUGGAGUAUACCGCCGGGAUCAUUGAAUAUCAGAGCUAAAUUAAUGCAGAUGCAGAUGCAGAUGCAGAUAAAGUAUGACAUACAGAUCUUCUUCUCCCGGGGGUGUGUAUCUCAUGGCACUGCAGGGUGAAUCAAUAGUUUCGAAUCUUCGGAAUCUUUUGGUAACUUACAUCUCCGAUCUUUAAUCUUGUGGCAUGGGUGGAAAUGCUACUUCAUUUAAGUAUUCUCUGCUGCGCUGCAGAUGCAGUCGAAAGGAGAAUAAGAUGCAUAUCAACGCACAACUUAAUUAAUGUGGCUUUGGGAUACGGGACACACGAUUAUGUCAUAGAGAUAACGGAAAUUUACUAUUACCGGUGUGCAAACAUGAGGUAUCUAAGUGCAUAGCUGCAGCCACGAAAAACUUCAAAGCUUGUACGCCGUGGCAAGUUGACUUAGAACCCUAGUCCUCUCAGACGCGAAAUAUUGAAGCUUCGUACGCAGGGGUCGCAAUAGUCGGGAGUCCGAAUUGCAGCUUCAACCUUUUCGAAGGCCACCGAUACUCAAAGAUGGUAAAAUUUUGAACAUACUCGAAAAUCCCUCAUUAUCGAACUGCAGUGCGUACUUUGCUAUUGGAUACCCUGCUCGUAACAUUGCAGGAAGAUACAAAUAAUGACAAUUCAGAUAAGUCAACAGGGACAUUUGUGGCCUGUAUGAUGUAGUUUGAGACUCGGGAUGAUAAGAUGUAUCAGCUCUAUCUCAGCAAGCCAUCCAUGAUUCUAUGACAAUGCACUGAAGAUUUCUGGUAUAUAUGCGUAGUAUCCAAUGGUAUCCAAUGAAUCACACCCUAUCACUCUUCCAGGCUUUGGUUUCCUCCCCUAACAACACAUCAAUAUAUACACAAUCCAUGAAAGCCUGAUAAAAUGUCUGAUAUGAUGAGUUGGCAAGCCCAAGCUUGUUUUUUUCCUAUCCUCGACGCUUUUCUCGAUUCAUCCCCAUCAGAAAGAUGUUGGCAGAUAGUAGAAGUCCCCAGCCGCAGCAUCGAAUGUUUGGAUCGAUUCUGUUGUGAACAUGAGGUGGCUCCGUUGACACUCUUCAAGCUUGCGUGGGCGCUCGUGCUUCAAUGUUACGCAGGAAGUAACUCUCCGUCGUUUGGUCACUUGACAUUGCCGCCGUCUGAACUGGGUGCAGAUUCAGCAUCACCUUGUGGUCUUGUUUACAAUCGAGAUUGCCAUGUCGAGCUUGAGGAGGCGGGUAGAGUGAUUGAAGUUCUACGAGCUAUUCAAUCAAAAUCAUCGGGAGAAAAUGGCGCUUCUCAUUUGUUGCCUGCGUCUGGAAACAAGAGUGCGAAUACGGUCUUAUAUAAUACUGCUUUGCAAUUUCAAGAAUUGGAUAGUGCGGGGAGCUUUAAUUUUAUUCCAAGUAGUAGCGAUGUCCAAAAUGUGCCAGAAAAUCAUGUAAGUACGACAAAAGAGCCGGUUGAAUAUCAUGACUAACACGAUAUCCAGAUUGAGAUACUACUAGAUAUAAGAUACGACAGUAGUAAUUCCAAAGUUCACGCAUAUCUAAAGCACCUUUCGACAAAAUUGUCCACCAUCGCCGCAACAAAUGUAGCUCACACAUGUGCCAAAGCCAUCGAAAGUAUCCUGAAGGAUCCUUUCCAACGCAUAGAUAGCCUCAAUCUCAUCACGAAGCGAGAUUUGCAACAAUUACGCGGAUGGGAAGCCGAUUUUCCAGAGAGGAUAGAUCUUUGCGUACAUGAGCUCGUGUUGCAACACGCAAUAUCGACGCCCAAUGUCCCCGCAAUAUGCUCCUGGGAUGGACAAUUAACAUACCAUGAAUUGGAAAAAGUAACGUCCAUCCUGGCGUGUCAUCUUCUUGAUCAUGGGGUUGGGCCGGAGAUACUUGUGCCGAUUUGUUUCGAAAAGUCCUUGUAUGCAAUAUUGACUAUGCUUGCAAUUUUAAGAGUGGGCGGAGCAUUCGUCCCAUUAGAUCCGUCUCAACCCCAGGAACGACUAGAGGCUAUCAUCAGAAAGGCAAAUGCAAAAUUGGUUAUUACAUCACCGCAAACUGCAUCGAAGUUCAUUGACAUCACGAAACAAACUAUUAGCGUCUCAGACGCUCUCCUUACGUCCCUCCACGCGUCUCUUCAGGAUCGCCCAUCGAUCAGAAUCAAGCCAUAUAAUGCGGCGUUUGUUCUGUUUACUUCCGGCAGCACUGGAGAGCCCAAAGGGAUUGUUCAGGAACAUAGCUCCGUGUCCACAAGUUCGCUGGCCCAUGGUAAAGCCUUUGGGUGGAGUUCCAGAUCGCGCGUCCUUCAAUAUGCUGCAUAUACCUUCGACGUAAGUAUGAUGGAUAUCUUCACAACACUUAUUUACGGAGGAUGUGUAUGUACUCCCUCUGAAGAUGACCGUCGAAGCAAUAUUAUCGGCAUCAUGAAUACAAUGCAAGUUAACUGGGUGCUCUUUACACCAUCUGUAGCGAACUUGAUCUCGCCUGAAGAUUUGCCAUGUCUUGAAACGUUGACACUGGGUGGAGAAGCGGUCACGCAGGAGAAUGUGGUUCGAUGGGCUAAUGCCGUAACCCUCUAUAAUUGUUACGGACCUGCAGAAUCCUCCCCCACAACGGCCAAUUUACUAAGGCCUAAUUCCAGAGGCUCAACCAUUGGGCGAGAAUUCGGAUCGGCCCUAUGCUGGUUGGUAGAUCCAAAAGAUCACGAUCGCCUCGUCCCGAUCGGUGCAGUAGGAGAGUUACUUGUCGAAGGACCAACACUAGCUCGUGGCUACAUUGGAGAUAUGGACAAAACCAAAGCAGCAUUUAUCAAAAAUCCAAGAUGGCCGGCCGAAAUCUUAGGGACGAGAACACGACGCUUCUAUAAGACGGGCGAUCUUGUACGGUAUAAUUCAGACGGAUCUCUAGAUUUCGUGGGGAGAAAAGAUUUCCAAGUGAAAAUUCGCGGCCAGCGCGUUGAACUUGGAGAUGUGGAAUAUCAUCUCUCGACUUAUCCCGCUGUUGCGCUAUCCAUGGCUUCAAGUCCCAAGACCGGAGCUUUUGCAAAAUCUCUCGUGGCAAUAAUCCAAAUUCGUGAUACAGAUUCGGAACCUGCUUCGGCGACAGAUAUCCUCUCCUUGGUUAGCAACCAUCAACUAGCAACAUCCGGCUUCAGUAUUGCCAAGCUUGAACAGUUUUUGAAAUCAAAACUACCGAUAUACAUGGUCCCGACUCAUUGGUUUGCCGUAGAGCAGAUUCCACUUUCCGUUUCCGGAAAAAUUAAUCGCAAGGCUGUGGAAUUCUGGCUUACACAGUUGAGUCGCGAUUCAGCGAAUUCAAUCCUAACAAAUGGUCUUUCAAAUGGUCCCAUCAAUGGGUCUAUCAAUGGAGCCACCAAUGGGACAACCAACGGUCAUACCAAUGGGCAAAACGGCACUACAAUAUCAAAAGAGAACAUAAUCAGUUUCAAAAUAUCCAGCAAACUUGCCUCCCUCGUGUACCAUAACGAUCACCAAGCCAAAUCAAAGCUGAUUAGCCAAGACAUUACCUUGACAGCAAUCGGUCUUGAUUCCAUCCAAAUAAUCAGCCUGAUAAUGUUCAUCAAGCAAGAAUUCACUGUCAAGCUCCACAUCAGCGUACUACUGCAUCCAAAAGCAACAAUUCGAAGCGUAACACAGUAUAUAGAGGAGCUAAGAGCUGUUGGAAUAAGCCAAAGUGGCGCAGAGAGAUCUGUCGAUCUUAGAAUGGAACUCCAAAUGUACAAACAGCAGAUGGAUAAGUGGGGACGAGGUCCUUCCAUACAGAAUGUAUUUUUGACGGGCGGAACCGGCUUUCUCGGAUCUCAGAUUUUGUUUCAUCUCUGCGCUCGGAGGGAUAUCCAAAAAGUCAUGGUACAUGUGCGUGCGAAGAAUCUCAAGGAUGGUCUACAGCGAGUAAAGAAAAUGGCAAUGCAAGCAGGAUGGUGGACAGAUUCGUAUCUUGAAAAGAUCGAAGUGUGGCUCGGAGAUCUCGGAAAACAUCAUCUCGGUUUGAAUUCCGAUCAAUGGGAUUGUCUGGCCGGAAAGUCCCUCUUUUCUAGACGAGUCCAUGCUAUCAUCCACUGUGGAGCAAAAGUACAUUGGAAUAGCGAUUUCUCAUCCCUGAAAAUGGCAAAUGUCGAUUCGACUUGGAGUCUCUUGAAUAUCAUGAAUGAAACACCAUCUGUGGUGAAAUUUGUGUAUAUCUCAGGAGGCUAUAAUGGUCCAUCGCUCGCAGAGAAGAAUCUCCACAUGGACGAUGAUCAUAUCAAUAAUGUUCUUCCUACCGAAUACGCUAAAACGAAAUUUAUCUCGCAACUUCUCGUGCAAGAGUACUCUCAAACUACUAUUCAGAAUCAUAACCGCGUAUUCGUGGUAAAGCCUAGCUUUAUUAUUGGUACACCGCACCAGGGUAUUGCUAAUACUGAUGACUUUAUCUGGAGACUUGUGGCGAGUUGCAUAGAGGUUGGAAGUUUUAAUGAGGCAGAUGCUGAUUCCUGGCUUUUCAUCUCUGAUGUCGAUAAUGUAGCCAGAGUUGUGUUGGAUUGCUGUGACGCUAAACAGAAUGAUUCGUCCGAUCCUGUUGUUGGAAUCACGGAGGGUCUUCCCGUGCGUGAAUUUUGGUCUAUCUUGGGGAGACAUUUCGGUUACAUUAUUGAGCCAUUGAGACAGGAUGAAUGGUUGGAUACUAUCUAUGCUGAUAUUGACUCUAAACACGAGAGCCAUCCUCUAUGGCCACUAAUCCAUAACCUUGAAAAGGAACAUGGGAAAAUGGGUAUGCCUAUGGAUAAAAUACCACAGGAACUGAAAGCCGGUACUCCUUCGUCAAGAGUAGAAGCUGCCAUUCGUAAGAAUGUCGAGUACUUGCGUGGGAUUGGCUUUCUACCAAUAGCAAAAUAAGUAUUGGUAUUGUUUAUAGAAUAAGAAACAAUAGUGUUAAUUUAAUUAUAUUGAAGCUUACUACAUACUGGAACCUUACUUUUCCGCAAAGAUCCAACUCGUUUUUCCACAGUUGUCUCAUUUUUCCAGCACUAUGCGGAGAUUCACACAUUCUGCGCAAGUCCGGCAUCUGUCAAAGGUCAGCAUUGACUCUACC